AUGAGGACAACAAUCACACUGACGUUUGUCAAAGUGGAAAACUGUCUUCCUCUCAGUCAGGUGGUCUACCCCAGCUCACACUUGAAUAAGCACAAGAAGAAGAAACUCUGGGCAACUUCAAUUUCCACUACCGAUCCCCUACUGUGCCCGACGUACAACAGGCAUUUUGUGGAAAUAUGUAUGUCUCUGUCCCAUGUCCAGAGUCUCAGGCUUGCAGCUGUACUGGAGGAGUGUUCAGACCAGCUGGACAUUCUCGAACACGCUCUUACCUUCCAGAUUCACAAGGAGUGUAGCACUGAAAAGUCACAGGCCAGAGUGAAAAAGGUGAAACGAGAUUGUCACUACAUCUCACAGCAGGUCUCCAAGUUACAGGCUGAGCUCGAGGAGAAGCAGAGCUUCACCUUUCUGUUGCAGGUGGUGGAUGGACAGGACCAGGAGAAGAAUGCUGAGAGCAGCAAAAGAGAGGAGAAGAGGGAGAUGGAGAGAAGAAGACGUACACUUCCAAAGCGACAAGAGACACUCGAACAGAAAGUCAAUGAACUGAAGGGACUGCAAGAAUUGCAUGACGAUCUCAGCGAUCGGCUUCGCCGACUUAUUGAAUCGAAUGCUGCAAGAAAGGAACUCGAGGAUAGAAGCACGGCGCAGAUGCUUCAGAGAACACAAAUUGAGAUUAAGGAAGCGGAGAAGCGACUUGUAGACAAAGUUGAGCUGCUGGAAGACCAUUUUAAACUGCAAGAGAGAGUUCAUGAGGAAUCAAAGCUCUUCCUGAAAAAACAAAAUGCGGAAUUACAAGAGAAGCUGCAACAAUGGCAGCAGUGCACUGAUGAGAACAUGCAAGAGAAAGAGCAGCAUCUCAACAGCACGCGCUACAGAAGAGCAACAAACUUGGAGAAGUUGACAGCAAUGCAAAAGAAGUACAGCGAGAUGGAAGAGGUGGUGAAGGAGGAAAGGGAAGAGGAGGAGAGACUGCGCCAGUUGGAGCUUAGGAAUAAAGCUGCUGUUCAGGUGCAGGCCUUCUGGAGAGGCUGCAUGGUCCGCAAAGGCUUUGGCAUUUAUCGGAAAGUAGAAGAUAAGAAAAGCAAAAAGAAGAAGGAAGGAAAAAAGAAGAAGAAGAAGAAAUGAGUUGCAUUUAUUUAUCUUCUCUUUUGUGCUUCGUGUCGAAAUGACCAUAUCAUGCCAAAUCAACUUUAUUGAGCUUUUAAAAAGCCUCUCCAAAAUCAAGCCCUAGUGUGAUGCAAUGAGUUUCUGGUCAUUUUUCAAUAUAAAUUUACUUGAUCAAGUAAAUUAUGUUGACAGCUCACAAAAGUAAAUGAAUGCAUUAGUGGCUGUUGCUGUUUUAUUUAUUUAUUUAUUUAUUUCUUCUAGGCUCAGUACCGUGGAUUGGCAUCUUCAU